UCAAAUGACAUAGACAACCAUGCUGUCAGUGAAUUAACCAAGUAUAUUUGCUUGACUUGACUAUUUAUUUUCAUCGAUAAAGUGUUGAUAAAAUUCAAAGAAAUUUCUUAAAUAAUACACAAACGGAAAGGAAAAGAAAAAAGACAAGUGACUGACAUUAAAAUAUGGAACGAAUUAUUUUUAAUAAAAUGUUGUACAAGAAUCCAUUGACGAGAUUGACCAACCAAUUUGGACGAUCCACAAUAAUAAUUCGUCGAUGGCAUUCAAAAAAAAGUAAAAAUAUUUCCGAAAUUGAAACCAAAAGCGAUAACGAAAUUGAAAACAACGAUAAAGAGAAAACCAUCAAAGUAGCAAUAAUUGGUGCACCAAAUGCUGGUAAAAGUUCAUUUAUCAACACAAUCACCAACCAUCGAAUAUGUCCAAUAUCACGAAAAGUGCACACAACACUCGAACAAUCGGAGACUAUUAUGAGCAGAAAAAAAACACAGAUGAUUUUUUUCGAUACGCCAGGUUUGACCACAGUCAAUGAAAAUAAAAAAUACAAUUUGGGUGAUAAAUUUUUGCGUGAAUGCAAUGAAUCGAUUAAAGAUGCUGAUUUGAUUGCGGUUCUGCAUGAUGUAUCCAAUUCAUAUACACGUAAUGUGCUACAUCCAACCAUUUUAGAAGCUCUUAUAAUACAUCCAACCGUGCCAAGCAUACUCAUUAUGAAUAAAACUGAUAUGGUACGAUCGAAACGUAUUUUGCUCGAUUUGGUAAAAAUUCUGACCGAAGGUACAUUGAUUUGUAAUGAACGACGAUAUUUGCCGUGGAAAGGGCGUGAAGAAGAAUUUUUAAAGGAUAUGGCACGUCCGGUUAAAUAUAAAAAUCAAAAAUCAGCCGGCUGGCCAUAUUUUUCGGAUGUGUUUAUGGUAUCAGCGCUCAGCGGUGAUGGCAUUGGACGCGUUUCAAAUUACAUUUACAAUCGAUCAAUCGAAAAACCAUGGGAGUAUCCACGUUAUCAGUUCACCAAUCAAAGUCCGGAAGAUUUAAUACUGAACAAUGUACGAUCGGUUUUAUUGGAUUUUCUACCAAAUGAAGUACCGUAUAAAUUAAAAUGUGAAAUGGAACUGUUUGAAGUGAAAAAUAAAUGCAUCCAUGCUUUUGUCAAUAUACAUGCAGAAAAUGAUCGAAUCGAAAAAUUGAUUGCUGGCAUUGAUAGCAAACGUCUUAAACAAAUUUCGGAAAUGGUGUGUUCACACAUCAUACAAUUGUAUAAUGUUAAUGUCAACGUAGUGUUGAAUGUUGUAUCAAAGUACAAACGAAAACCAUUGAUGAAAAAGGAAUUCACAUUAAAUAAAAGUAAUAAUACGCAUAAGCCCAAACCUUAAUUAUCAAACAAAAAAAAAAAUAUUUAAAAUAAAAUCUUAUAUUUUUAAACAAAAAAUAUUUAGAUAAAAUGAUGUAAUAUAAA